GUUGUGUCCAUCUUCCGCUUAGUUUUUAAUUUUUAAUUAACACAAAGGGGAAGGCAUACUAUACUAGGAGUUCGUCUACGGCCCUUGCGUCCGUCCUUGUUGCGCUCAAUACUUUUACUAACAUACAUCUUUCCUGCUUCCAAGCCGGAGCGCUGUAGUCUUUGGAACUCCACAAUGGCGCUUUCUCUUAGUGUCGCAGUAUUGCUCAAACGCGUUAGUGUUAGUGGGGCCGCCCAGGCAGCAUUGCCUGCGUUUGCAAAUUCUGCCUCAGUUGAUGCCUGCCAGCCUAGUUGCAGCUAUAGGCAUUACGCAUCUCAGGACGGCGAGUCAGAAUCGCAACAUGGUGGGGACCGACGAUCAUCACCGCGCGGCCCAAUGCGAUACGGCUCAAAGCUGGCGCUUCGGGACCCCGCACGGUUCCGGCGGAUGCAAGCCAUCCUGGGCUACCCAAAAGAGGACUCAGUGGAUCGGGUGGAGCGUGUGACGAUCAGUACCUUGCAAACAAUGAAGUACCUUAUGAACGGCCCGGAGAACCAGGACCUGCUGCAGGACAUGGCCGCCUACAAGGUGACCACCCUGAACCGGGAGCUUCUGCCACUUCACGAGCGCACGGAGGCGUUCCUAAGCGCCAAACCAGCGGUGUCAGGGUCAGUACCCAGUUUCCUCGUGAAGGACGCUGCCCGGCGGAAGUAAGAGGAGCGCAGCUGCAGUAGCAGGCUGAGUUGGGCCAGGGCGCCAGCGGUGGGGAUGAUGGGGUCGCCCUGGAAGAACACUUGGGGAUUGCGCAUGGGGCUGGGCGGCAACGGCAGGCGUGGUAUGCCAGUAGUGUUGACGGCUAGCGGACGGUGGCUGCAUGGUUUCCACAGGUCGGUAGUACCAUGCCGCUGCAGGGUGCGGGGUGUAGACGGUCAUGUGGUAUGUGACGUCGGACAUGUGUGCCAGGGUAUAGGGCUGGGAACCCUGGGAUACGCGCGUGGUGCUGAUCAGGGAAGGUAUCAUCGCUCAAGCUGCUGAUAGUAUUCAAUCGUUACAGACCUAUUGAUACGACGCGGGCGCAGGCCUUCCUGGCGACUAUCCUAGGACAAGCUAGGUGUGAGCCCUGUGAGGGCAACGCAUUGCCCCUUCCUUUUUGGAGUCAUCAACGUGCAAUGCGACUUGGGCACAUGAGACAUCCGCCCAACGGUGCAACGUCUCCUUAGCAACCACAACAGUCGACCAAGCAAUACCAUUAACAACGGAUUUCGUACGAUCAAGGUGUGGUAACCUACCACCCCACGCUUUGCACGUGACCUUCCACAUCUCCCUCAAGCUCCGCUCGCCACGCGCAUGAGCGCUCCGACCCACACCAUCACCAUGACGGCUGAUAACGUGGCCGUGAGCACGCGCGGCAGCCAGCGGGUGUCCCAGUCCGGGCUGUCGGAAGCCACGCCAGUCCUGCACGCGCAUGCGGGCACACGGUGGGGAAAAGAAGGAUAUCCAAUGUGGAACGAACUAUGGGGAACGGGACCCCCGGGGGGAGCAAGGGGAGCGGCGGCUUCCGUGCCAUCGUGUGUCGGCACCAGGUCACGGGGGUUUGUGGUGUAGCAUGGUGUGGUGUGCUUUAUCGCGCUGGUGUGUUUGUUGGCAGCUGGGUGUGGACAACAUCGUUUGCUAGGAAGAUGCAAUGGGUGUUUUGAAUUAACUGGCCGCGAAACCGACAAUGAACUUGGAGAGGUAUGGGUGUUGGGCAUGUAAGGUUGCUGCGCAUGGACCUCAUCCAGCCUGCGCUACGGUAACGGGGCGCUUAUGGUUUGGGGGAACGGGCGGUCGCGCUGGCAAUGGCAGGAGCUUGACGGUUGAUGUUGGGGCGUGCUAGGGUGCGUGGCGCAGCCCGGCAGGCGGCCUUGCGAAGUUCAGGGUGUCGUGGGAAAGCAUGUGGGUGCUGCGAUGCCUAGGGUUGCCUCCGGGGGGGGGGUGAAACUGCUGACAUGUGGUGGUCAGAUGUCGUAACGACUUGGCGCGAGGACGUGGGGGACGCGCUGUGCAUCAGAGUGGUACCUAAGGAGUUCGGGGCGCAAGUACUGUUACGUGAUGUGCGCCGUGUUGAGUCUAAUGAUGCACCAUCUGCAUACGACACAAUAUAGUUGCAGCACUAUCCAUGCAGCGGACAUGCCAGGAUUUGCAGCCGUGGGCACUAACCAUUAAAGC